AUGCUUUUUCAGAGCCUGGAAAUACGCCAAGUUAACGACGCGGUCUCCUGUAUCUUCCAUUCGCUUCUUGCCCACAGAAGCGUUGCGAAGUUUCAAUACAAGGGCGAUUCCAACUAUUCAUUAGGAUCGCUCGGCGUCAAAGAAGUCGAAUGUGAAAACAUCGAUUUAACCUAUGUAAGCGGCUUUCAUUUUGUGAUCUGUUCACUCUUUUUAUUGAGUAGUAACGUUUAUGUUGUUCUCUGA